AGGGAGCAGCAUUAGACAAAAACUCAAAUAUUAAAGAAAUAACAACUUGUCUUGUAAUUUCUAAUGACUGCUAGAGCGAGAUGUACUAUGAAAACAUUACAUUGAAGGACUUUUUUUUUUUUGUCUCUUUUCUCCUCGUAGUAAUUGCAUACACGUUUAUGCAAUAUGGUAUGACUGGCAAGUGGGACUGCCAACUGAGCUUGCCUAGGCAUUUGAUCUUAGGAUAUGACCCAAAUUAGUAUUACUUUAUUUGUUUUAUAUCGGUGUUAUUUCGUAUGGCCAAACCUUCAAGAAUCAAGAUUAUUUGCUUUUUCAAUGAUUAAAAUAGUUGAUAAAUCUUUCAUUCAACUUUUGUUUAUUUUGGAGCUACAGAUACAGGUUGAGGUCCAAGGUUGAUAUUAAGAAUAUGGCAGAGGCUUUCUCUUGUUGGCAACGGUAUGGCACAAACCGAACCGAGAAGUCCUCAUCAGCAGAAGAACCAGAGGCUGUUUCUGUUGGCUUGGGAGGUGCUGUUGAUCAGUCUGGCAUGUUAGCUUCACAAGGAAAUAGUCUUCGAUGGCAAUGGCAUAAGGAUCCAAGAUUGGAUUGUCUUAGAUUCCGGGGGAUUUUUCCAUCCAAUACAAUACCACCUUUGGUUGAGGCUGACAAGGAAACUGAUGAAAAAAAUUAUCUUCUAUGGAGAUUAGAGAAAAGGGUUGCAGAAGGCUCAACGGAGAUCCCAAAAGGUACAUCUUCCUCACCCUAUUUAGACAUUUAAAACACAAAAUUCAAAAAGAAUCAGAACCAAAGGCCGCGCUAUACACAAAGAGGUUAUUAUAUCAUUCUUAUCUAUUUAUUAUCAAAAUCUGUGUGAUCUUGUUUCCUCCAAAGUUGUCAUGUACUGUUUGCUCGAUAUUUAUGGGGAUGUAGUUAUUGAGAUGAGAACUGUGUAGAAAUUCAUUUUAUGAAACUGAAUUUGUCUUUGUACUCGUACAAAAUUAGAAGCAUGAGUAGAAAGAGGAAGAACUUUUUUUUGAUAUUUUGUUGACAUAGUGUGGAAUCUAUCCAUUUGUGUGCAAUAACUUGGUUUUCCAUUUUAAUUCUUUUAUUUUUGUUUAUUUGGUGAAUGACAAAAUUUAUUGAAAAAGAUGAAAAGAAUCAAAUAGAGUACAGAAUAGAAAUCAAUGGAGGAGAACCUCUACACCAUGCCAGCCAACACAAACAAACUACCAUCUCCUAGAUAGAGCAGAAACAGAGCAUACUACUAUCAACAGAAAAACAUAACAAACAGCCCAAAUUGGAUUAAUAGUUUUCCUAUUUUUUUAAUAUCUUGAUGUACAUGUGAUUUAUCAACAGAAAAAAAAAA